AUGGGGCUGCCGCUCAGGAUGAACAACCUACAUGCGCCGACGGUGCCUUCCGGGCCUGCAAGCACAGCGACCGCGACGAACGGACAUGCGGGGCAGACGAGCUUGGCCGAGCUGCAACGCAAGAAAGACGACUUGGAGGUUGAGCUCAAAGCGCUCGGUGGCGUCCUUGACUCGCAUGGAGUGGGCAUGGACACGCCUCUGGUGACCAGAGACGGUUUUCCGCGAGCCGACCUUGACGUUGCGCAGAUUCGGACUACCAGAGCACGAAUCAUAAGGUUACGAAACGAUCACAAAUCCCUCAUGGAGGCCAUCGAAAAGUUUCUUCACGAGCACUUUGCGAGCCUCGACGACGCCGAUAACGCGUUGGCCCCUGGCUCUGGCUCUCAGCCGCCACACGUGCUAUCAGACGCACAGCUGGAUGCCUCAGACGAGGCAUUUGCCAAGGUCAACACAGUAGCUCCCAACAGCCCGGCCGAACGUGCUGGCUUGAUGGCGGGAGACGAGAUUCGCACCUUUGGAUACGUCAACAAGUCGAACCACGACAGUCUCAAGAGGGUGGCCGAGUGUGUUCAGGGCAACGAAGGGCGGGACAUAUUCAUCCGCAUAUCGCGGCCAACAGGCGCAGCACAAAGGCAAGAACUGCGUUUGACCUUGACGCCGGCUCGAGACUGGGGUGGUCGAGGAAUGUUGGGCUGCCAUAUCCUUCCCUUGUAA